CCAAGCCACGUCCCCUCUACUGGUCAGCAGCAAUUUUAGGGUCUGUUUGGGAGACGCCUAAAAAAAAUGCGGUCGCCACAUCGCUCUCACCAUCAUCCGACCAUCUCUCUCGCGAUCUCUCAAUCUCUCCGUCUCCCCAUCUCUCCGUCUCGUUUGCAUCUCAAUCCCUCCGUCUCUCGCCUACCUCUUUCUCCGCUGCCCCGCCCAACAAGAAGAAAGAAAGAAAAUGAGUACUUUGAAAUCAGAGAUAUAAAUGAAAUUCCCUUAAUUUGAUGGGCAUUUGGAUCUCAAGAUUGCAUUGUUGUUUUUUAGCUACAAAUCUGCAAAUUGGGCAUUUCUGCAUUGGAUAGUUGUUUAUUAGUGUGUAUAUUGGGAUCAAUUAGAGGUAUAGAAUAAGAAAGAAUGGACGUCCCAAUAUUGGAGGUAGGACAUGAUCAAAAGACGCUUGAUUCAAUGAUGGAGGGUGGGCCAGUGUUUCACUGUGAUCUUUGUGAUUCUGAAUUGGUGAACAAGAUAGUACUACUCUUGCUCACAGGAUUAUCGUCAGCUUGUGUUGAUAACACCACCGGCGAUCUAUUCAAGAGCCCUGCAUUGGUGGCUGUUGAUAUGAGAAAGGAGAUGGUAGAUUAUCUUAUCCAACGGAGUGAAACACAUGUUGCAGAAACCGUGAUUGAAGAAGAUAAUCCGGAUACAGAAACCUCCGAUCAUCCCACUGAUAUCAUUGAGGAUUUUCUUGACGAUUUCACUAGUUUAAAGCGGAAUAUGCUUAGCCGUGUUUCAGGGUGGUUACUUAGUGAAAGGAGAGAGGACAAGAUAGAUGACUUCGUACAGGAGAUGGAAAUUAAUGGGUUUUGGUUGAUGGAUAGGAGGGCAUCUGUUGCACAGACUCUUCUGAGGAAUGUCGAUUUCAAGAAUGAGUUCCACUGCGAAAUGAAAUUCGACACCAUCGAAGAGCUCUCAGAGCAUAAAAGUCAAUGCAUUUUCAGGUCUUUGAAUUGUACGAAUGAGGGCUGCAAUGCUAGAUUUUGUGCGGUCCACAAGGAGAAGCAUGAAGGAAUUUGCCCAUUCAAGGUUCUUCCAUGCGAGCAGAAGUGUUCAGCGAUGAUCGUGAGGCAUGAGAUGGACAGGCAUUGUAUUACUAUUUGCACCAUGAAGCUCGUGAACUGCCCUUUUUACCCCGUGGGCUGUCAAUCUGCUUUUCCAGUGUGUACCAUUGAGCAGCACUGCUCAGAGUUUCUUCGUUCACAUGUGAUGCACAUCCUUCAUGUAAUUCAUAAGCAGGUGGCAUCGGAGGACAAUCUGAAACAACACAUGGAAGCUCUGGAGAAGUCGCCAUCCUUCAGUAAGCUUUCAAAAGCUCGAGACCCAAGAUCUUUAACUUUGGCCGUCAAGGAGCAAGAAGCGAAGAUUGAGAAGAAAGCAGAAGAUGAUGGUGUUGAUAGUUAGAAGAGCAUAUGGACUGCCAACAUGUCAAUCCAAGUCUCCGUUCCACGCCGCCAUGUUGCAAGCUAGCAAAAAGCACAGCAACAGUAAACCCCUGCAGUCAUGAAAGACUGAGAUUUCUGCCUCCCCACACUGCAACAAGAUACGUUAUUUAUCUACGUUUUUCUUUGGACUGCAUCUAUCCCAUUCAUUGCCUGUUUCUAGAGUUCACACCAAUGGUACUUGAUUUCUUGCAUUCUUUUGGUUCACGUAAAGCUACAGAUGCGAAGCAGUCUGUGACGACUGAACAAAAAGCUUUUUUGGGUCCGUGUAACUGAUCUUAAUCUUUCCGAUACAUGGCUAAAACACGUCGGAAGUUGAAGCGCAAAA